AUGAAUUGUUUGACGCCGUAUUGGGAAGAAAACACAAACUUCAUUCAGUCAUGGAGGAACUCCUCGACGAAAGCAGCCGAUCUUCAACAUACGGAUACAGAUCUCACUCGCACACAAGUUUUUGAUAUUGUAAGAAAAGGAGAUGAAGCCUCUGAGAAGAAAAUGAUUAAUUUUGAAUUACUGGAGAAAAUAAGCCAUGAAGGAAACCAGAAUAGUAUCUCUUCAUGUCUAAAUCACAUCUCUCUCAUUCUGUUCAUAUUUCUCUCUCUCUCUUUCUCUCAUUCUGUUCAUAUUUCUCUCUCUCUCUUUCUCUCAUUCUGUUCAUAUUUCUCUCUCUCUCUUUCUCUCAUUCUGUUCAUAUUUCUCUCUCUUCUCUCUCUCAUUCUGUUCAUAUUUCUCUCUCUUUCUCUCUCUCAUUCUGUUCAUAUUUCUCUCUCUCUCAUUCUGUUCGUAUUUCUCACUCUCUCUCUCAUUCUGUUCAUAUUUCUCUCUCUCAUUCUGUUCGUAUUUCUCUCUCCAUUCUGCAUUUCUCUCUCUCAUUCUGUUCGUAUUUCUCUCUCUCAUUCUGUUCGUAUUUCUCUCUCUCAUUCUGUUCGUAUUUCUCUCUCUCAUUCUGUUCAUAUUUCUCUCUCUCAUUCUGUUCGUAUUUCUCUCUCUCUCUCUCUCAUUCUGUUCGUAUUUCUCUCUCUCUCUCUCUCUCAUUCUGUUCAUAUUUCUCUCUCUCAUUCUGUUCGUAUUUCUCUCUCUCAUUUAAAUUAUUUCUCUCUCUCAUUCUGUUUAAAUUUCUCUCUCUCUCAUUCAUUCUGUAUAUUUCUCUCUCAUUCUGUUCGUAUUUCUCUCUCUCAUUCUGUAAAUUAUUUCUCUCAUUCUCAUUCUAUUUCUCUCUCUCUCUUCUGUUCAUUAUUUCUUCUCUCUCUCUCAUUUAAUUAUUUCUCUCUCAUUCUGUUCGUAUUUCUCUCUCUCAUUCUGUUCGUAUUUCUCUCUCUCUCUCUCAUUCUGUUCGUAUUUCUCUCUCUCAUUCUGUUCGUAUUUCUCUCUCUCAUUCUGUUCAUAUUUCUCUCUCUCAUUCUGUUCAUGUUCCUAUUUUCUCUCAUUCUGUUCCUAUUUCUCUCUCUCUCAUCUCUGAUUCAAUUUUCUCUUUCUCUCUCUCAUUCUGUUCGUAUUUUCUCUCUCUCUCAUUCUGUUCGUAUUUCUCUCUCUCAUUCUGUUCGUAUUUCUCUCUCAUUCUGUUUAUAUUUCUCUCUCUCUCUCAUUCUGUUCAUAUUUCUCUCUCUCAUUCUGUUCGUAUUUCUCUCUCAUUCUGUUCAUAUUUCUCUCUCUCUCUCUCAUUCUGUUCGUAUUUCUCUCUCUAAUUCUGUUCGUAUUUCUCUCUCUCAUUCUGUUCAUAUUUGUCUCUCUCUCUCUCUCAUUCUGUUCGUAUUUCUCUCUCUCAUUCUGUUCAUAUUUGUCUCUUUCUCUCUCAUUCUGUUCGUAUUUCUCUCUCUCAUUCUGUUCGUAUUUCUCUCUCUCUAUCUAAUCUGUCUUGGCUUGUUCAUAUGCAUUUAUCUCUGUUCAUAUCUAUCUAUAUCAGUUUAUACAUAUCUAUCUACUUGUCUGUCUUCCUCUCUCUCUCAGUCACUUCAUUAUAAAUCUAUCUAUCUGUCAUCAUAUUUAAUGACUAUUGAAUCUAUCUAUUUUGUGAAUUAUUCUCAUUAUCAUUCCAUUCAUCUAUUCCCCCCAUCCUGUAAGCCCUUGCAUCUUGGUGCAUUAUUCCUUACUUCAUCUGUCUGA